AUGCAAUUAUUCCUUCUUGGGACUCUCUCCCUUCUCUUUCAAGCCAGCCACGGCUCUUCAUCUCGCCAUCAGCGCCGCGAUGAUAAGCCGUCUAUGCCUAUCGCCCCGGGAACCACACAGAGCUGUGCUUCUUGGUAUGACAACGACGGUUCACUUCCGUGUGAGCUGAUCCCUUAUGCAUGGAAUCUGUCUUUGGAAGACCUGAUCAGAUGGAACCCCUCCAUCACUGCAGAAUGCGGCAACUUCAAGGAGGGAUUCUCCUAUUGCAUUCAAGAGAAAGAAGUACCCGUCCCUGUCAGUAGCACCACGACCAAGUUCACUACGGCUCCUCCGUCCUCUACCACUCUCGUUCCUUCGAAGACAACACCCACGAAGCCAUCUACAACUGCCGUAGGCGGCAAUGGCGUCGAGACGCCUGACCCAAUACAGCCUGGCAUGGUAUCGAACUGUAACAAGUUCUACUUUGUUCAGCAAGGUGACAACUGUAAUGCAGUCUCCUCCAAGCACGGCAUAACCCUAGCCCAGUUCACGACUUGGAACCCCAAGCUAGGCACAGGCUGUUCGGGGCUAUGGGCUAAUGUCUGGGUCUGUGUGUCUGUCAUAGGACAUACAGCAACUCCUACGCAGUCUACUAAACCUACCAACGGGAUCGAAACACCAUCACCUAUCCAGGCCGGUAUGACCAAGAGCUGCAACAAGUUCCAUCUCAUCAAAUCGACUACAACUUGCAACUCUAUAGAGAAUUACUAUAAGCUUCCUCUCAAGGACUUUUAUUCCUGGAAUCCCGCGGUCGGCACAAACUGUCAGUCUUUGCUCGUCGACUACUGGGUCUGUGUCAGUGUAGUUGGCUGGACAGCCCCGACUCCUACGACACCUAGCAAUGGAAUCACCACUCCCACGCCUAUCCAGACCGGCAUGACCAAGAACUGCAACAAGUUUCAUACUAUCAAGUCAACAACCACGUGUGCCUCGAUUCAGGACUAUUACAAGAUCUCCUUCGCGGACUUUUAUGCCUGGAAUCCCGCCAUAGGCUCAACCUGUACAUCCCUCUUGGUAGGCUACAACGUUUGUGUAGGUAUCAUCGGCCAGCAGCCUUCACCAACAAGUACAGGCAAUGGAAUAACAACUCCCACGCCUAUACAAGCCGGUAUGACCAAGAGCUGCAACAAGUUUCAUACCGUCAAAUCAACAACGACCUGUGCUUCAAUUCAGGAUUAUUACAAGAUCUCCUUCGCCGACUUCUAUGCAUGGAACCCAGCUAUAGGUUCUAAAUGCACAGCUUUGUGGGUUGAUUACAACGUCUGCGUGGGCGUAGUUGGACAAACGCCAACACCGACCCAGCCAAGCAACGGUGUCACGACUCCUUCACCUAUCCAGAGCGGUAUAACCAAGAACUGUAAGAAGUUCCAUCAGGUAAAGUCAACCACAACUUGCGCCUCGAUUCAGAAUUACUACAAGAUCACGAUGGCCAAUCUUUUCAAGUGGAAUCCUGCUAUUGGUUCGACUUGCACGAGCUUGUGGGUGGACUAUUGGGUUUGCGUGCAAGCUUAA